AUGGUCAUCGCCCCUAAUAAGCCAUGCUACGUCCUCGGCGUCGGCAUGACCAAGUUCAUCAAGCCCAGAGGAAAAGUCGACUACACGGAGCUGGGCUUCGAAGCCGGCAUCAAGGCCUUGCUUGACGCGCAGAUCAACUACGACGACGUCGACCAGGGCGUUGCCUGCUACUGCUACGGCGACUCGACCUGCGGCAACCGCGUCUUCUACCAGUUCGGCAUGACCCAGAUCCCCAUCUACAACGUCAAUAACAACUGCUCGACCGGAUCUACGGGCCUGCACCUGGCGCGAAACGUGAUCAGCCAUGGGGGAGCGGACUGUAUCAUGGUGGUGGGCUUUGAGAAGAUGAAUCCGGGAAGUCUACAGAGCUUCUGGAACGAUCGCAGCAGCCCUACCAGCACCACUGGCGAGAUGAUGAAGGCGACAAGGGGCGUGACGAACGCGCCUGGUGCGGCGCAGAUGUUUGGGAAUGCGGGAAGAGAGUAUAUGGAGAAAUAUGGCGCUACAAACGAAGACUUCGCCGAGAUCGCGCGCGUCAACCACGAGCACUCCCAGCGCAACCCCUACUCGCAGUUCCAGGACGUCUACACGCUCGAGCAGAUCAUGCAAGCGCCCAUGAUCCACGCGCCUCUCACCAAGCUGCAAUGCUGCCCAACGUCGGACGGGGGCGCGGCCGCCAUCCUCGUCUCGCAGGACUUCCUGGAUGCGCGGCCGCACCUAAAGGAGCAGGCCGUUCUGAUCGCCGGGCAGUGCCUCGCGACAGAUGCACCCAGCCUGUUCAGCCGGUCAGCCAUCGACCUGAUGGGUUUCGAGAUGACCAAGCACGCGGCGGCGACAGCGCUCCGGGAGGCGCAGGUAGCCGCGAAAGACGUCAAGGUGUGCGAGCUGCACGACUGCUUCUCGGCCAACGAGAUGAUCACCAUCGACGCCCUCGGCCUGUCGGACCCCGGCCAGGCCCACGAGCUGGUGCGCGCCGGCGGCAUCACGUACGGCGGCCAGGUCGUCGUCAACCCGUCCGGGGGUCUGAUUUCCAAAGGUCACCCGCUCGGCGCCUCCGGCAUCGCCCAGUGCGCUGAGCUGGUGUGGCAGCUGCGGGGAUGGGCUAACAACCGACUCGUUCCCGGCGCGGCUGUCGCGCUGCAGCACAAUCUCGGCCUGGGUGGCGCGGUCGUUGUCACGGUGUACAAGCGGGCUGAUGGCAGGAGCAACGAGGCCGUCUCCUCCGAGGAGGUUGGUCGGAGGAAUCGGCUGGGAUACAACCCGGCGGUCGUGGCCAAGGGGUUUACCGAGGCGCAGGCGACGUCGGUCCGGAGCAGGACGAGGAGCAGCGCGUGGGCGCUGCAGGACGUCGGGAAGAAGGUCCAGGCCAGGUUCUAG